AUGAACUCUUCCUGCCGCAUUCCCUCUGCACUAUGUCAAUAUUUUUCAUUCGCUUCCAACAAAGAGGAGUCAUUGCAGAUGAAGUCCUGGAUUCGCGCCGCUCAACAGUUCAACGUCCCGAAGAAAGUGGCCUUGUGCUAUCCUUCACUCCUUUUUGCCUUCCGGUCGAUAUGGAACAGGCAAAAAAGUUCUUAUUGGCCCAGUCUAACACCGGCUUUUGCUGAAUCGAACAAUUUCAGUUUUAUAGUAGAGCUAGAGCCACCAGGCUUUCGUAUUGGGAAGAAAAAUCAGAAUCAGAAUACUCUAAAUAUGAAAGCGAUAAUAAUCGUGUGUUUGCUGGUCCCAUUGUCACUGGGUGAAAAAAAAAACAAUUUGGAAGACAUCGAGAAAGAUAAUCUUCAUACUGAAAAUCAUUCUCACUCAUCGCUGUUAAAACCAGAAUCUGACAACGGAGAUGUGCAAUACCCUCACCAGUAUUCAAACAAUCAUGCAGGAUUGGGACGAUACGCGAUAAUAGCCUCGAAUCACGUGGAGUAUAACGGCCAGACCGACGGUUAUAAUAACGUAGAUAAUGGAGAUAGUGAUAUUAGAUAUCAGGUGAAUACCGAGGAUGUUGCUCCCUCAACAUUACAACCGGCUGAUGGCUAUGGUGACUCUGCACCGCAAAUAGGAGUUGUGCCAAAGAUGCCGGGGGAGGCUGAUUAUCAACAGCAUCAUUUGUACGAUUGGUCUCGAGCUGUUGCUGAUGACCAAUAUCGAGGGAUAAAAACCACGACAAGUGGAUAUCCCGUCCCGGCACUCAGAGAGGCCGUUUAUAUUCCGGCGAGUCAGUUGUUGGCCUAUUCCCGAAAUUUCUGGCUGAACCAGGUCGCUCUACCAAAAAAUUUAGGCUUGCUCCAGCACUUCAGCACACAAGCUAUUGAAAAAUCCCCGGCUACGGUAUACAAACCGGCACCAGGUCAAUCUGCACACAGCGCGCCGAAGUACAUAGGGUACCAAUCAGCGAUUGACCCGCAUCCAGAGGAGAUUCUCCCAUCGAAGGUAUUACUCACUCAGUCGCAAAUUGAAUAUCUGCGACAAAUCAGUUCCAAGCAAGCGAAUUCGUUCAGCGAUCAGACAGAAGUCAAUCAUGCGACAAGUUAUGGUGGUGCACCUGUCUAUGGACAAGGCCAGGCUGUUUCCUACUCACAAGGUCAAUUGGGGCACCUCAGCAACUACGAUCAGCCGAAAAAACUGCAGUACGGGAUGCGUGUGACUAAACCAGUUUACCGGACACAAAGCGUUCAUAAUGAUGAGCAGCGACAUUUAAAGAUAUCGAAUCCACCGAGACAGGAUUUGGCAGUUCCACCAGUGCCCGAUUCGUCGAGUGAUCUACAUUCCGGUGGAGAUGGCCAUCAGCUCAAUGUGCAGCAGCACAUUGAUCAUGUGUCGGAACCCAAGUCAUUAUUAGGCUCAUACAUUCCGAGUCACAUAAUUGCUGCGCAAGACGCUGCGAGGUAUCGAGAGCGACCCCUGAAACUCGAGGGUGGAUUCCUCCCGUCAAAGAAUUUCUACUACGUUUAUGGAAAGCGGAAAACAAAAUAUCUUGAGUAAUGAGAGGACGUCGUAACGCGAUGGGCCAUUCAUAAGUACAAUCCUACUAUCGAUUUAGAAAGUAUGAACACCGGGUGAUGCAGGGCUUUUAGAUCUUGCAAUAUAUCUCAACAUCGGUAUCAAUAUUUUAUCAGCAGGAAUAUAUUGCAGAUAUACCAAAUAAUAAAAAAGAGAAGUGAAGUUGACGGAUGACCUGGAGAAUUGGAUAGAAUAUUUUAUUGAUUUUUUUAAAAGUUUCUAUUUGUUUUUAGGCGAUUUUAUGGAGCGUUUCGCAGCUUAUUUAGCAUUUUAUUCCAUAGACUAAUUUUUAAUACUAAAUACUAUUCGGAGGAAAGAGUCAAUAGAAUUACAUAUUUACUCGAUUGAGAUACUUUCUAUAGAAAUCCCUCGGUUUAAAUUUUCCAGGCAUUAUUUUUUUUCUAAUGACACGAGAGAAAAAGUGGAGUGGAAAACACUUCUCACGUGAACUAAUUUAAUAGAAAAAUUAUUUCUCCGAGAAUUUCUAUGAGAAUCGCAUUUAUUUUUGACAAUACAGAGCAUCUGAUAGUGAUUGAUUAUGGGCUGAUAGGAAAGGGCGGAGGAAUCGACGAGAAUCAUUACCAAUUUAUCGACAUAACUCAGACAAUUCAUUGAAUUCAUUCCAAUAAUUUUCUUCCAAUUAUGAAUUUUUUAAGGCACAUCCUGUUGCCCAGUCCGGAGGUAAUAUUCAACACCAUCGAGUCAGUCAUACAUAACUCUGCGUUAAUUAAAAUAUAAUUUAAUUUGACAGUGAUAGCACAGCGACGAAUCACCGAAUGUAGUAGCCAUAGCUUUUGCCGUUCAUGCCAUUUUGAUUUUAUAUAUAUUAAUCAGUAAAAAUAAAAUUAAUAUUUAACAAUCGAUAA